CCCCACCACAACCCCCCGGCACGUGACCAGGCCCCAAGGGCCAUCACGUGAGACAGGCGGAGAGCUGGCGGGCGGGGUAGGGUUCGGCGGCGCCUGGCGAGGACCAAAGUGCGUCUGCAGACCAGGCAAAACCCAAUUGAGUUGGACAGCCAUGCCCAGGUACUGCCGGGCUCCGAACUGCUCCAACACUGCGGGCCGAUUGGGCGCAGACCACCGCCCGGUGAGCUUCUACAAGUUCCCACUGAAGGACGGCCCCAGGCUGCAGGCCUGGCUGAGGCACAUGGGCCUUGAGCACUGGGUGCCCAGCUGCCACCAGCACCUGUGCAGCGAGCACUUCGCCCCCUCCUGCUUCCAGUGGCGCUGGGGGGUGCGCUACCUGCGGCCAGAUGCUGUGCCCUCCAUCUUCUCCCCGGCGACGUUCACCGAGAGGCAAGAGAAUUGCGGAAGCACCGAGAAACCAGUCAUGCCUCCGCCUCCGCCGGAGGCCACGUCCCUGUUCCCUGGCUCAGCUGGCCCGGCCCCGGGCCCCGUCCGCCUGGUGGUGCUGGGGCCAGCAUCCGGAGGCCCCGAGGCCCCAGCCACCGUGAUCCUGACUCCCCUGCCCCUUCCGCCGGUUCCCGCGGGGCCGCGCCCUGGAGUCUCGGCCCAGCACCGCAGGGCUGGGCUGCACGCGGCGCUGGGAGCGCUGCAGCGGCGGGUGCGGAGGCUCCAGCGUCGCCACGAGCGGCACCAGGGGCGGCUGCGGGCUCUGGAACAGCUGGCGCAGCAGCUGUGCGCGGAGAGCCUGCUGGCACGGGCGCGCCAGGGCCUGCUGCGCGCGGUGAGUGCCCCGCCCGGCCCGUGUUUAAACAUCAGAACGUUUCAUCCACGUUUCCAAAUUUCUGGCUUGAAAAAAUCAAUCUGCUCCCUGGACCCCAGGAUUCCCAAGCCUUCACCAUCAUCUGUGGAGGGGCUGACAUUGCUGUGGUCCUAGCCCAAGGUCCUGCACCUCCCACGCUGGAUGCCAAGCUUGAACUCCUGGACUCUCAGACUCCCAGUGCAUAAGGACCAGGACAGAUAAUGUCACAGGAUAGAUGACAGAAGACAGAGAAGAGAGAGGCAUCACACAUGGGCUUGGCCCAGCCCCAGCACCCAUGCCUGGGGCAAAGCAGUGUCUCCUUCAGUGCCUGGCUCCCGCUACCUCCUCCUAGGGACCCCUUGAACCUUCGGGCUGAUCCGGGCCCAAGAUCCCUGUCAGCAGUGAUUACCCUGGGUGUCAGGUCCCUGCCAACUCCACCUGGAAUCUUUGCAGUCAGUAAAACACCCUCAGGAGUUUCCCAUUGGCUCAGCAGGUUAAGGAUGUGGCAUUGUCACUGCUGUGGCUCAGGUCACUGCUGUGGUGCACAUUUGAUUCCUAGCCAAGGAACUUCCACAUGCCCCUGUCAAGGCCAAAACAACAACAACCCAUCAGAGCAGAACAAGGGUUGUUUGGAGAGAGUUACAUCUGGUUCUGAAGAGCCCCUUGCACCUUUUGCCAGGCCUAGUACCAAGCUGGGAAUACAGGAGUGAACACAGCUGACCGAAGUCCUGUCCUUAUGGUGCUCACACCCUGCUUGAGUAGAUGAACUAGUAAACUAAUAAACAAGAUAAUUUCAGAUGGCGA